CUCUUUUGUUAUUUUAUUUUAAUAUCUCUUUCUUCUUCCUCAGUCCCUAGUUUCUGUGCUUCUCUUCUGUUGUUUCUCAGUUCUCCACUUCUAGGUCUGUCGCGAAGGCCUUUCAAUCUCUCCAGCGCAGGAGCCAUGUCCGACGAGGAGCACCACUUCGAGUCCAAGGCCGACGCCGGAGCUUCCAAGACCUAUCCUCAGCAGGCCGGUACCAUCCGUAAAAACGGUUACAUUGUCAUCAAGGGCAGGCCUUGCAAGGUUGUGGAGGUUUCUACUUCCAAAACUGGCAAGCAUGGUCAUGCUAAGUGUCACUUUGUUGGGAUUGACAUUUUUACUGCCAAGAAGCUCGAGGAUAUUGUUCCCUCAUCCCACAACUGUGAUGUUCCCCAUGUCAACCGCACUGACUAUCAGCUGAUUGAUAUAUCUGAGGAUGGAUUUGUGAGUCUGCUGACUGAGAAUGGUAAUACUAAGGAUGACCUGAGGCUUCCGACUGAUGAAAAUCUGCUUUCCCAGAUCAAAGAUGGUUUUGGUGAGGGAAAAGAUUUGGUUGUUUCAGUGAUGUCUGCUAUGGGAGAGGAGCAGAUUUGUGCCCUCAAGGACAUUGGCCCCAAGUAGUGAUCUUCCAUGGCUGGAGAAAUACUUCAAGACUGGAACUUUUAACCGAAGCAGAUAAUGGUAGCGAAUGCUAGGAGUUCUUGUGUGAGUUUGAGAAGUAGGGUCACUACUAAGUACAAAAACAUUCUUGUUGAAAUGUGGUCUCCACCUAUCACUACACUCUGCCGCUUUUAUUCAGUUUUUAAAACCAAGAAGUUAUAUCCGCCGAUAAAACUCUGUAUAUACACUUCUUCGCACUUCAUGUUGAUUAAACUUAUAUAAGUUUAAGAGUUUUUCAGAUUCAAA